AGUUAUUUGAAAUAUAUUUAGUUUUAAAACGAUCGUGCAGCGGUUGAGUUGAGAGUAGAGUAGAGUGUAACUCAAAUAGAAUAAUUAAUUAUAGUUUUUAAGAAAUUAUUCUUAUAUGUUUUUGUUAAUACAAAGAAAUUAAACAAAAUUGUGGUUAAAGCGGUAUUUGGAAUUAAAACAAAAUUAUAUGGUGUUUGAAAUAAACAAAUAAUUAUAGAGAAAAAGUACGCUUAAUAGAAUUAAACAAAAAAUUUUUUUAAAUUAAAAAUUAUUGUUAAACAAUAAAAAAUUAUUUAUAAAAAGGUAAAAGUUUGUCAGAAUAUUGUUUUCAAUAAAACCAGUUUUCAAGAGAGUGUUGUACGUGCCUUGAUUAUACAUUUUAAUUCAAAAAAACCAGUUAAUGAGAAAUAACAACAAUAACAACAUUAAGCAUGAAACGCUGGUUAAAAAAUUUGUAAAAAGACCACAAUAACAACAGCAACUACAUAUCGAAAAAAAAGUUAAAAAAGAGUUAAAAACCAGACAUUCACAAACAAACAAAAAAAUGAGUCAUCAAGUCAUCAUGUUUUACUAGCAACAACUAAAAAAUUUAGUUAAACACUCUCAUCAAUCAGUUAAAUAUUUGAUACAACGCAACAUCGAUCGGUUUCUCCUUUAUAAAUAUAAUUUAAAUAAUUAACUUUUAUAAUUAUUUUACAAUAACAAAAGUAUACAAACAUUAAAAAAAAACACAACAAAAAAUUCCUUAACAAUUGUUUAAAUAAAAAAAAAAGAAAUAUUUUAUCACACUUAACUGAAAUUCUAUCGAUCACGUACUUUUAUUACAACAAAAGUGGAAAAACAAUAAACAAUAAAUAUUAUAUUUAUAUAAAAUAUAAACAAUAAAGAAAACAAUCUCUUCAAAUAAACUAAUAUCAAAUCAUGGAUUCAAAAUUUCUAAAAUAUGGCACUUCUACGCUCUUUAUCGUGCAUCACUUGGCUAAUGCCGCCUUAACAGCGGGUGGAUCAGAAUGUCAUGCCGAAACUUGUCAUCCCAUAGAAGAGUAUUGUUCGCAAUUCGAACAAACAUGUAUGCCCUGUAGCAAAACCUGUGAUCCGGAGGAUAUAAGAUAUGAAGCAAAUGUUUGCAAUCGUGAAUGUAGUGAUUUUAUCAAAUUAGAACCUCUUAAGAAUGAAAUUCAUUAUAUACAAAUGCAACAGAAUAUUAUACUCAUACUGCUCGUGGUAUUGCUGGUCAUCACCGCUGGACAUUUUACCUGGAAAUUGAUAAAAUGUUUGAAAAACAAACGCUGUUGCCUGGGCCAACUGAUGGCUAAACUAAAAUUUAAAAAGGCAGCUACUAUGCCCUCAAAUCAAAGUAAUGGCAAAGAUUUAGGUGGCAUCACUAUACCCAAUAUGUGUGCGAUCAAUGAUGUUGAGAGAGCACCUUCACAAAUUUACAGUCUAACAGGUGCUGAAGGUUCGGUAAGGACAACGACUACACCAAUUAGCUCACGCUAUCCGGCGGAAAAUACAACACCAUCUCCGCAGCCCAAUGAGUAUUCGUAUGAUAAUCAAGGUUUAGUAGUGACGCCAAUAUCUGAAAAGCCCAACGGUGGUCCUAUGUUCACAUAAAGUAAUUUAACUCUCAUCCCCGCUUCAUUAAGCAUUAACAUCCAUCCCUUAUUACACGCUUAUUUAUUAGUAACCUUUAAAUUUAAACUAAAUUAUAAGAAAAUCAUUUAUAAAAUGAUUUCUUUUCUUUUCGCUUUUCUGCGGCCUCGUUACUUAAAUGACAGACUAUAUGAGUCGUUUCAUUUAUAAGUUACAACUCAUAUUCAUUUGUAUAUUUUUCUUUGUCUUCCUUCUAUUGUUUAAGAAUACUCUUUAAAGCAGAUAUAUUGUAAUUAAGAUUUGCAUUAUUAUAAGUGUAAGUUAUCGAUAAUUUUAUUGGAUGUAUGUAUAUCUAACUCACUCUCUAUGUUUGAACGUAAUCAUCACACUUUAUUUAAAACUAGUUUUAUGUUUUUUUGCUAAGUCCUUGUCUUUUAAGUUUUUA